GCGGUAUAGGACGUGGUGUCGGUUGCCGGUGUGUUGACGUCACGUGUCCAGGUGAGUUGGGAGCAGUUCCCGCGGCAGACAUGGGGCUGGUUUACUCGGAGCCGGCCUGUCAGGCGGCGUAUGACGGAGACGUCCAUCAGCUGUACGAGCUGCUGACGAACAACCCAAAGCUCCUGAACGUGAAGGAGGAACACACCGGAGACACGCCCCUCAUCGCCGCCUGUCGCCAAGGCAACCGGAGGGCAAUACACUACCUGCUGGAAAACCAGGCCGACGUCCACCUGACCAAUAAGAAGCAGAGGACGUGUCUUCACUACAUCUCCAAGAAGACGUUCUCUGCGUUGGAUUAUCUGAUGAUCUGCGUCCUGAUGCCCAUCCUGCUGCUGGGAUACUUCCUCAUGUUACAGAAGCAGAGGGAGCACGCAGCUGUGAUGGAGGAGCUGCUGAGCAGCAGCGUCAACGUCGACGCCGUCGACUACAAAGGAAACACGGCUCUUCACUACGUGUGUCAGAGGAAAAGUCAUCGUCUGGUUCCUCUGCUGCUGCACAGAAACGCCGCCGCCGACGUCAAGAACAACGACGGAGAGACGCCGCUGGACAUCGCCACCAGACUGAAGUUCACCAAGAUCAUCUGUCUGCUGAAGAAGACCCAGUGAGCGACUGAAAGACAGGAAGUCCCUUUAAUCACAACAAGAUGAUCAAUAAAUACAGUAAAUAUUGAUCCAGCAGAUUGUUUCCUGCAUUUAGAUUUAUUCAACAAUCCUGUAAACUUUAAUUUUCAUUAAAUUUAAUUGAAAACA